CGUCCUCCACCCCAUCGGUGGCCAAUGGCAUGGGUCAUAAUUGUCUAAAGCUGCCACCUCAUUUGUCAGAAGCUCAGUGUGGGCAGUUUAGCUUCCUGGACCAUGCUCAUUAUGGACACGCAUCCCUUCCUCCUUUUGUCGCCCUCUCUCUGUCUUAUAGAAAUGUUAGCGUCAAGCUUUCUGAAGAGGUUAAUGCAUUUGACAGGGUCGCACAGGCUUCUGAGGGCAUUCUGUGAACAGGAAAUGUUAAAAUAAUGUUCUCGGCCUGGGAGGCGGCCCAUACUGACAGCGUGACUUAGACUGCAAACCCUCCCUAGACCUCACUGGCAGAAUCUGAGUAAGCCCUUCCUGCAUGGUUGUGCUAUGAGAUCGCUGGGGGAACGGAAAGGGGAUUGGGGUUAAUACUGUCUGUGCAGGGACGUUCUGACAUUAACUGCGUGCUGAGAAAAGUGGGAGCAGGGAGGAAGGGUCAGAACAAUAGCGUGGUAGCGUCUCCUAGGGACGGGCCGGGGCCGCCAUUUUCCCACAUUCUGGAAUGUUCCCCGAGGAGUGGGAAAACGGCCCCUAUUUUCAUGAGACUUGUGUCCGAUCUCUCUGUAAAAUCUGUGAUUUCUCUCUCAGUGGCUCACUGCAGUGGGUGCGAAGCUUGCAGUGAUAUUUGCGUUUGCGUGGGAGUGUGCGGUGGUCCGGUUCCACGUAAUAGAGAGAUCCUGUGUGCAUUAGUUGCUUGGCUCAGAUUGUGAGGGCCCGGACUCGAAGCUCAGGAUGAGGACGAGGUCAGCGUGGGGGGUGCAGCGCGUAUUAUCUUUUAAGACUGCACAAGACGGAGCGCAGCGAGCAGUGGGAAGGUGUGGAGAGCUAUUUCUCAUCCUGCCCGGUGUUUGGAGUGAGUCUGCAUUUUUCUGCACUCCAAACUGAAUUCCAUAUGUUGGAGUCUGUAUGGUUUUUUUAAUAUAAUUUGCCGACCUUUUACAGUGUCAGCGUUAAGAAUCAGGGAUGGAUAGAGUUACCGAAGAUGUACGCCGGUUCUCAUGGUGCCGGAGAUUCCCCCGGGGAGCGCCACGCUGACGACUGACGUGGCCUGGAAUCUGGCCCCCUGUGUAACAUUCCAGAUUCUGGCCCCAUUUGUCAGCGAUGCUGUGUAAACACUGUGCCUGGGGAGGGCGUCACGCUCCGAAACCCUAUCCAGCAAAGGCGGGGCGGGAUCAGGUGCAGGACGUCAGGCAUUCUGGCAGAGAGCAGCGGCUCUCACAUACUUUUCGACUGUUGUUUUAUUUCCAUUUCUGCUGUUAGGUGUUGGCUGAGGCACCUGACUUAGGUGCUCUAAUGAAAUUAAAUGAUGCUUUAUUUGCCAUUUGUACAAGUACAGCAACAUUGAAAUGCUUCUUUUCCCAUCAUGCUGUCCUUGACACACACAUGCAGAGUUGAUAGUGAAACUUGGGGUAUGAGUACAGGGUCAGACCAUUUAUCUGUCACCCCUGGCAGCAUUUUGGGGUGGGGGGGGUUGGGGUGAAGGACCUUACUCAAGAGCCCAACGAGUAUGUGACUAUUCUGCUGAGGAUGGCAUUUGUACAACAGACCUUCCGAUCACAGUCAUGGAGGCCUAACCCACUACUGAGCCACCCACUGGAACCUGACUCUGUCCUUAGAGUUUUCCCUGUCCUAUGGUUCUGAGGCCUGUCUCUGUGUCCCCGGCGUUUUCCCUGUUCUGCAGUCCCAAGGUCUGACUCUGUGUCCCUGGGGUUUUCUCUGUCCUGCAGUCCCGAGGUCUGACUCUGUGUCCCUGGGGUUUUCUCUGUCCUGCAGUCCCGAGGUCUGACUCUGUGUCCCCGGGGGUUUCCCUGUCCUGCAGUCCCAAGGUCUGACUCUGUGUCCCCGGGGUUUUUCCUGUCCUGCAGCCUGUGAUGAGAAUCACUGGGGUCCUCGCUGCCAGCAGAACUGCAGGUGUGAGAACGGGGGCCUCUGCGAUGCCCUGACAGGUUCCUGCCGGUGUCCCCCGGGGUACCGUGGGCCCCACUGUGAACAGAUGUGCCCCAGGGGGUCCUUCGGCCAAGGUUGCCAGGAGCAGUGCCGGUGUGGGACGGGAGGCACCUGUGACCAAAAGACAGGGGAGUGCCGGUGCAACGAAGGCUUCACUGGGAUGCUCUGUGACACAGCCUGUCGUAAAGAUCGAUGCCGCCUCCGGUGCCCCUGUCAGAAUGGGGGGUAUUGCCAAGGGGAGGGGGUCUGUACAUGCCCCAAAGGGUGGACGGGGCAAGUGUGCACGGAACGCUGUCCCAAGGGCAGGUUUGGGAUGGGCUGCUCCCAGAAAUGUGUGUGCCACAAUGGUGGUCAGUGCCACCCCGAGACCGGGCACUGCCACUGUACGGCUGGCUUCACGGGGGACAGGUGCAGUGAAGAGUGCGCAGUGGGCAGCUACGGGCAGGACUGCAAGGGCGUGUGCGACUGUACCAAUGGGGCACGCUGCUACAACAUUCAUGGGGGCUGCUUGUGCGAGCCAGGAUUCCGGGGGCCACAGUGCGCCGACAGGAUGUGUCCACCAGGGGUCUACGGCGUGCACUGUGACCAGCCCUGCCUCUGCAACCUCACGCACACCCUAAGCUGCCAUCCAAUGAAGGGCGAGUGCACGUGUCAGCCCGGGUGGGCAGGGCUUUUCUGCAAUGAGACCUGCCCACAGGGCUACUACGGGCUGGCCUGCAGGGAGCCGUGCCUCUGUUUGAACGGGGGCAUGUGCAACACAGUCAGUGGGCAGUGCCACUGUGCCCCAGGUUACAUGGGGGAGCACUGCGAGAGCCACUGCGACAGAGGCUCCUACGGCAAGAACUGCGCGCUGACAUGCAACUGUGCUAACGCCCUGGCGUGCUCGCAUGUCGACGGCACCUGCCUCUGCAGAGAGGGCUGGAUGGGAUCAGACUGCUCUCUCCCGUGCCUCAAUGGGACGUGGGGGUUACGCUGCAAUCAGACCUGUCUCUGUACCAACGGUGCGCCCUGCAAUCCGGCCGAUGGCACCUGCACCUGCCCUCCAGGGUGGAAGGGGGCGCUCUGUGACCAGGUUUGCCCAGAUGGCACGUAUGGGCCCAGCUGUCUGCAAAAGUGCGACUGCGUCCACGCAAAAGGCUGUGACCGAUUUGGCGGCCAUUGCAGAUGUCUGCCGGGAUGGACAGGACCGCGUUGCUCCCAGCCGUGCCCCGACGGUUCCUGGGGGCGCCACUGCAACCAGACCUGCUUCUGCUUGAACGGCGCCACCUGCCUGCCGCACAGUGGGGGCUGCAUCUGUAGCCCCGGAUACCAGGGAGCUCAGUGUCAGCAUGUGUGUAUUGCGGGUAACUACGGCGCCCAGUGCGGCUUGUCCUGCCCCCCGUGUGCCAGCUCCGCCCCCUGUCACCACGUCACAGGGCAGUGCCAGUGUGACCCAGGCUACAUUGGGCCCCUGUGUGACCAAGAAUGCCUCAUGGGAACCUAUGGCCAGCAGUGUGCUGGGGUGUGUCGCUGUGUGAACAAUGCCACAUGCCAUCAUCACGACGGAACAUGCCACUGCCUCCCGGGCUGGACCGGGGCUGACUGCUCGCUGCGCUGUGCACCAGGCACCUAUGGGCUGGGCUGUGCUCAGCACUGCCAGUGUGAUUGGCCCUGUCAUCAUGUGACUGGAGCAUGCACCUGCCCCCAGGGACUCACCGGCCCCCACUGCCAGUCCAAGAAGGAUGAGAGCGAGAUGGUGCCCCUCCCCCCAGGGGAGCAGGUGUCCUGGGGGGCCGUGGCUGGCAUCGUGAGCCUGGUGGCCCUGAUGGUGUUGCUCCUGUGCCUGCUGCUGGCUUACCGGCGCCGACAGAAGGACAAGCAGAGCCGCACCCCCGCCGUGGCCUACUCCGCUACCCGCACCAUCAACUCCGAGUACGCCGUCCCAGACGUCGCCAUCGGUUACCACCACUACUACUCGAACCCCAGCUACCACACGCUGUCUCAGAGCCAACCCCCCCUGCCCCACGUUCCCAACAACCAAGACCGCCCCCUCGGCUACGUCAAGAACACCAACAAGCAGCUGUUCUUCAGUGGGAAGAAUGUGGAGAAAGAGCGGCUGAGGCCCCUGGGAGGGGACAGUGUGGCCACGCUGCCGGCCCGCUGGAAGCACCACGAGCCGCUGUCCCAUAAGGCCCAGGGAGCCUUCGGAAUAGACCGCAGCUAUAGUUACAGCGCCACCCUUGGCAAACUCUAUGACAAAGGCCUGUCCAGGGACUCCGCGGUGAGCAACAGCUCUCUGAAUAGUGAGAAUCUCUACGCCACCAUCAAAGACCCCCCCGCCCCACCGGCCCACCCCCUGGAGAGCAGCUACAUGGAGAUGGCGUCCUACACCCGUCAGGAGCGGCCCCACGUUGACAUGCGCCUGCCGUCGCCACCCCCACCCCCACCCCCACCCUCCAUGCACCGGGAAUGCUGCUCCCUCUCCGACGUCCCCGAACAGGAACCAUUCCAGAAUCAUUAUGACCUCCCUAUUAACAGUCACAUACCUGGACACUACGACCUGCCGCCCAUCCGCCGUCCACCCUCCCCCUCGCCACAGACAGUCCCCCACUGACACAUCUGGGGCGAACACAGAACAGCAGCAGAAUGAUUACGCCAGUGUGACACUACUGCCACCUUGUGGCAACAUGGAGGACGACUUCUUCCCAUCAUCACGUGAUCUGCACAUUCCAACACUAUUCUAUUAUGCUGCUUCACUGCAGUGUUUCUGAAUCUGAUCCUCGGGGAUCCGCAGAUGGUCCACAUUUUAGCUCUCUCCCAGAGCCCUGCCAAAGAGUCUACAUUUUUGUUCCCAAAGACUGCUUUGAGAAACACUGCUUUACUCAAUAUUGUGAAGAUGUAUAUAUUUUUUUUUUUAUCAAAGUUAGACUUUUUCUCUACUCUGUGGAUUCAAGUAAUGGCUACAAAGGUGCCGGGAGGCUAAAUGACCUUUAAAAUGAACAAGAGUUGCUGGUUUGAGUGGCCAAACCCUACAUUUAGCUGAUGCUUUUGUCCAAAGUGACGCACAAGGGCAGGUCAACCAGUGUCCCUGGAACGACUGGCACAAACUGUGAAAUCACUCAUGCCAGCCUCAGGAUUUCAGCUGGUGACCUUCUGAGCACAGGCGCAGAGUGCUAACUCACAGAGCCACCCCCCCUCCCCCCGCCCCAGCAUCCUAACACAGAGCCACACGGUGCCUUGUCCCAUGAGCAGUUUGCAUGCCUUCCCUAGUAUUUCGAACCCACCCUUGAAAAGACCUGACUCUGUGCUCUGGCUUGACUGUAGCCGACACACGUUCAGGUGGGGAAGGAAAGCUCGCCCUCAAGUGGUUGAACAAAGCAGGUACACUGAACUCCACUGACUGUGGAAGCACCCAAGACUUCGACAUGUGAACCGCACUCAUCUCUCUUCUUUAUGGGUUUCCACACUUUUUGAGAAUUAUCACAUGGUUAUAGCUUCACAGCACAGUGCCUGUAAACAUUCACAUUGUAUAUAAUGUAAAUAAACAUUUUACUUGA